GUAUUUCAUCUAGUAAAGGCCAAAAAGUAGACGGAGACAAAUCGAGAUAGGAGUUUGUAACAGAAUUUGUGUUUUCUUGUGUGACGUUUCUGUUGAGCUUUUAGACUUCAACAAACUAAUUUUCCACUUCAUCGUACUCUCUCUCCGUCGCUAACACCGCCAUGUCUGACGCUUAUUGGAGAUACGCCGAAUCCCAGCACGCCCCCUCCGCCAUCCCCGCCAAACGUCCCCGUCCCGAUUACGAUGUCUCUGGCGUUCAUGACUUGGCCAGUUACUAUCCCCAUGAUGCUGAUAGAGGAAGGCUCCAAGUAGUUAGAGAUACUGAAUCCCUUGAUGCAUCCUAUGAGCGUUACCUCCGUAAUGCGAUUUCAACUUAUGGUCCCGGCCAGCCCACUAGAACCAUUGACGGGGGAGUUCCCAGUCAUUCUGUUGACGAGUCUCAUGUCGCUAAUAUUGGAGGAGUAGACCGAAGAUCACAUGUAAAUGACAAAAUCCAGGAAUUAAGUGGUGGAAGGUCUGAUCAUUCGCUUCCGCAUGGUGCUACGAAUACAGUAUUUGUGGAGGGUUUACCUUCCAACUGUACAAGACGGGAAGUAGCACAUAUUUUUCGUCCUUUUGUAGGCUACAAAGAAGUUAGACUUGUUAGCAAGGAAUCAAGACAACCUGGGGGUGAUCCACUGUUACUUUGUUUUGUUGACUUUGUAAGCCCGGCUCAUGCAGCAACUGCCAUGGAUGCAUUGCAUGGAAAAGGAUUCUCACCAAUCACACUGAGUCUAGUUCAAUUUAAGACCUUUAUUUUGAAGGGACAAAGAGUUGGGACAAUGGGACCCCGCUUAAAGGAAUGGAGGCUUGAAUUUAAGAGACUUGUCUCAAAAUCUCUCAUGUUACUAAGGGAAUUACCGUCUACACACAAUGUGGCACUUCUACACCACGCUGAAAAGUCAUCAUUGCAUAUAAUAUUUGGAGACGCAUUUUCGGACAUACUCUUUUUACAGACUCAUUACUGCAAAUUGGUGAAUUAUCUUUAUUUUGUCAAAAUUUAAUCCGGAGAUGUAUCUCUCUAUUUGUAUUGAGGUGAGUCUGGAGAUGCAUUUUUGAAACAACCAUUAAUUUAAAAUUUAGUGUGUUUUACGAAGAUGCAUAUCUAGAAUAUGUCCGGUUAGUCCAUAAACAAUUGUAGAAUGUUAGAAAAAUAACAAAUUAAUAUUGAAUAGGAUGAUUUAGGAUGUUUCAACAUCUUUAGAAUAUCAAUUGAUCUUGUAAUUUUCAUAUACACUUCAAUCAGACCCUUUGAUGAGUAAUGAUAAAAUAUACUUCAUAUAA